AACAGUGGGAAUUAUUAAACUUGGAGGGCAUUCAAGGAGACCGAGGGACCAAGUGGACCAGUGAAAUUAAACGUGUGGCGGCGGAGAUGAAAAGCUUUUAUAAACGGCUAUCCGAAAGGAUACACAAUGCAUAUGCGGUUGGAGACUAUGUAGAAUGGCAUCGCAGCGCAUUAACGUCUGUGCAAAACGAAGCAGUGGAAUAUGUGUAA